AUGCAAUCCUACGUUCGGACACAUCACACAUCCUAUCCUUUCUCUUUCAUACAGCUCCCAGCCUCCCAGCGAUGAGCUAACACACUUUUUCCCCCAUUGUUGAGUGGAUAUAGGCAGAAGUUGAAGCCGGGAACCACAAGAAAGAAAGAAAGAGCCGCAGAGAUGGCUUCAAUCCCAUGUACAAGUACCGCCCACCUCCACCAUUUCUCUUCCAGACAUUCGCAUCCUCGGUCCUCUGCUACAAAGCUCACUUCUUCCUUUCUGGGGUUCCAAAACCGGGUCCGACCCUGCAGUAUCGGACCCUCCAACGGCUCGAGAGUGAAGUGCUGGUUUAAGUUCGGCAAGAACGGCGUUGAUGCUGAAGGAGCUGGGAUUUAUGGCAGCCAGGCCCGUGACGAUUUCGACAGAGACGAUGUCGAACAGUAUUUCAACUACAUGGGAAUGCUUGCUGUUGAAGGUACAUAUGACAAGAUGGAAGCACUCUUGAGCCAGAACAUCCAUCCAGUGGACAUACUGUUGAUGCUAGCUGCAUCUGAAGGCGAUAAGCCGAAACUAGAAGAGCUACUGAGAGCAGGAGCAAAAUACAGUGUGAAGGAUGUAGAUGGGAGGACCGCCCUCGAUAGAGCUAGUGAGGAGUUCAAGGAAUUCAUCCUUGGAUUCUCAACCCAAAAGGCCUGAGUUGAAUUUAUUGGUUAGGGCUAUUACAUCUCUCUUACAUUGGUCGUUUUGAAUUGGAUCUGAUAGUAGUAUUUCAUGGAAGACUCCAUUGUCCUAUUCCGGAAAUUGUAAUAUUUGGGUCUUACCAGAAAGUUUUGUCCAACAUUUCCCAGUUCUUAUGAGAGUGAUCUCUGUGAAAUGUAAGGUAAAGGAAGAAUACAAGAUUAAACGUGGCUCGACCUUACUUUAUGGAGCUCUUAUUAGG